AUGCUGUCAUCCGGCAGCACCCGUCUCUGGGUCUGUACGCGAUGCGUCCGCCGUCGCGUGACCAGGCUGCCUCAAUUCCAGCAACGCCUACGCCAUUCGACCGCCGCGACCGCCGCCGCCGAUGCCUACAAGCCGCUCGUCAGCCACGGCGUCAGCCCCGACCACGACGACGCCGUCCUGCGCGACCUGUUUGAUGCGCCUUCGGGCACCUUUGCCAGCUUCAGCCUCAAGCGCAGCCAGGGCCUCUUCAAGAACCGCUACCUCACCAGCCCCGAUGGCUUCCUCGUCUUUGCCCAGAAGAACCUCGACCGCGCCACACGCAUUGUCAAUCGCGUCCUGGCUGCCACCUCCACCAACGACUACCGCGCCGUCGUCCGCGACCUCGACCGCCUCAGCGAUCUGCUCUGCCGCGUCCUUGACCUGUCCGACUUUGUCCGCAUGACGCAUCCCGAGAUCCGAUUCCAGCAGGCCGCCACUGAUGCCUGGUCACUCGUCUACCAGUACAUGAACCAGCUCAACACCAUGACGGGUCUCAGCGACCAGCUCAACGAGGCCAUCUCCCGUCCCGAGGUGACGGACCAAUGGACCGACGAGGAAAAAAUUGUUGCCGAUCUUCUCAAGCUCGACUUUAUGAAGUCGGCAGUCAGCCUACCCAAAAAGUCACGCGAUCGCUUUGUCGAGCUCUCCUCGCAGAUUAGCGACGUUGGCUCUGCCUUUGUUCAGACCAUGGCACCUGAAAAGAGAAAAGUUACGCUGCCAUCUCAUCGCUUCUACGGCUUGUACCCGAGCCUCGCCUCUACCCUCAAGGUCCGCUCACAAAUCUCCAUUCCGACUACCGGCUCAGAGGCAGCAGCCGCCCUGCAAAGCGUAUACGACGAAGGUACCCGCAAAGAAAUCUACCUAACACAGCGAACCGCAUCGUCGAGAACCAUUGGCCACUUGGAAAACAUGCUUAGGUUGCGUGCCGAGCUGGCCGGACUUGCAGGCUUCCAGAGUCAUGGCCACAUGUCGCUCAAGGACCGCAUGAUGGCCAAGUCGCCCUCGUCUGUCAUGCAGUUCCUACUGGCCCUCCGAGAACACAAUGCGCCCAUGAUCCAAACUGAGCUGAAUGAGCUCCAAGACCGAAAGCGUGAGCGAUUGUCCAUGCCCGACGCUGAGCUGUACCCCUGGGACAGAGAUUUCUACAUGGAAAGGAUCCGCGCCGAGAUGCGAUCCAAGGUACGCCACGAGGAUCAGCUCACGGCCUUUUUCUCCGUUGGUACCGUCAUGCAGGGGCUGUCUCGGCUCUUCGAUCGCUUAUACGGCAUUCGCUUCGUUCCACGCGAGACACUGCCCGGUGAGACGUGGCAUCCUGAUGUCAAGAGACUUGAUGUCAUGUCCGACAAUGGCGAGCAAGUCGCUGUCUUGUACUGCGAUUUGUUUUAUCGGCCGCAAAAGUCGCCAAACCCCGCUCACUUUACUGUGCGAUGCUCCCGUGAGAUCCUCCCCGACGAGGUGGACGAGGCCGGCGCCGAUCUCGGCUCGGCUGACAUGCCAUACUUUGACUCGCCGGAGCAGGCUGCCAAUGACGGCAUGGAAAUCUCCCGAGGCGGCGGCCCGCUCAAGCAGCUGCCCACCAUUGCUCUCGUCUGCGAUUUUCCCAAGAAUGACAAUGCUCGCGAACCUGCCUUUCUCUCCUUUUACUCCGUCGAGACCCUCUUUCACGAAAUGGGCCACGCCAUCCACUCCAUCCUCGCUCGCACCUCCUUCCAGAACGUAUCGGGUACACGCUGCGCCACCGACUUUGCCGAAUUGCCAUCGACGUUGAUGGAACACUUUGCUGCUGACCCAACCGUGCUCUCUCUAUUUGCGCGUCACUGGAAGUCGGACCGUCCUCUACCCUACGACAUGGUGGCCGAGCGCAUCAAGGUCGCCAAGCGCUUCGAGGGCAUCGACACGGAGCAUCAGAUCCUGCUGGCCAUGGUGGACCAGGCGUACCACUCGCCCGAGGUCUCGGAGCCCUCGUUUGACUCGACGUACGUCUUCCACGACAUCCACAAGCGCUUUGCCCACGGGCCGCUCGACCCGCCGCGCACGCGCUGGCAGGGCUUCUUUGGCCACCUGCACAGCUACGGCAGCACCUACUACAGCUACCUCUUUGACCGUGUGCUCGCUGAGCGCGUCUGGCGCGUCAUCUUCAGCGGCGGCGAGGGCGGCAUGGCUGUCUCCCGCGCUAACGGCGAACGGCUCAAGGAGAAUCUGCUCCAAUGGGGCGGUGGCCGCGAUCCGUGGACCUGCCUCGCCGAGACGCUGCACGAUGACCGACUGGCGGCCGGCGACGAAAAGUCCAUGGCCUUGGUGGGCAGUUGGGGCAUCAAAGACUCUGCCAAGACGAAAUAG